GAGUGCCGGCCCCCCCACCCCCACCACCCUCGCCGAUCCCGCAAAGCAACAGCUCGCGCGCGCCCAGGCAAAAAAGCCAGCGGAAAGGUUCGGGGCCGCUUGCUACCCGACCACACCACCACCGCACCGCACCGCCAGGCCAACCCUCCUGCCUGCCUGCCUGCCUGCCAGCGCGACCCAGAGACCCGUCCCGCGCGCGUGCUCUCUCUCGCCCACCCAGCUAGCCCGCCCGCCUGCCCGCCUGCCAUGCGCGCAGGAUCCGCGGCGGGGAUCUGAGCGACGAUGGCGGUGGCGGAGGCGAGGACGCCCCGGCGGCGCCACGGGAGCAUGGCGCUCGCCGACCUGCUGCUGCGGGAGGCCUCGGCGGAGCGGGCCGACGCGGCGGGGGGCGAGCGGCCCGGGGUCGCGGCGGGGCAGGCGGCCCGGGCCAGGAAGGGCGAGGACUACGCGCUGCUCAAGCAGGGCUGCGAGCGCCACCCGGGCGCGUCCUUCUCCGCAUUCGCCAUGUUCGACGGUCACAACGGGGCCGCCGCCGCGGUCUACGCCAAGGAGCGGCUCCUCGCCAAUGUGCUCGGCUGCGUCCCCGCCCACCUCACCAGGGACGAGUGGCUCGCCGCGCUGCCCAGGGCGCUCGUCGCCGGCUUCGUCAAGACCGACAAGGAUUUCCAGACAAGAGCGCACUCUUCGGGGACAACCGUGACGCUCGUCAUAAUCGACGGCUCCGUUGUGACCGCCGCAUCCGUCGGUGAUUCUCGAUGUGUCCUUGAAGCAGAGGGUUCAAUUUACUACUUGUCGGCUGAUCAUCGUUUUGAUGCUAGCGGGGAGGAAGUUGGACGUGUAACAGAAUGUGGAGGUGAAGUUGGCAGGCUAAAUAUUGUUGGUGGAGCUGAGAUUGGCCCCCUUAGAUGUUGGCCAGGAGGUUUAUGCCUAUCAAGAUCAAUUGGUGAUCAGGAUGUUGGUGAAUUUAUCAUUCCUGUUCCUUUUGUGAAGCAGAUCAAGCUAUCUAGUGCUGGAGGUCGUCUAAUUAUUUCAAGUGACGGUGUUUGGGAUGCCUUGACUGCGGAAAUGGCUUUUAGUUGCGCACGAGGGCUUCCUCCAGAGGCUGCAGCGGAUCAAAUUGUCAAAGAAGCAGUGGAUGCAAAAGGAUUAAGGGAUGAUACAACUUGUAUUGUUAUUGACAUAAUACCGCCAGAAAAACCGAAAUCCACUAUACAUUCUCGAAAGAAGGCACGGAAUGGCUUUAGUCUUUUGAAAAAUAUAUUCAUCAGAAAAAGAACAUCAGACACAUUAUCACGUGCUGAUACGGAGCGUACUUCUGAGCCCGACUUGGUGGAGGAAGUCUUUGAGGAUGGAUGCCCAUCUCUGCUAAGAUGGCUAGACUCCGAGUAUCCAGUCCGAAAUAUGUUCAAGCUCUUUGUAUGUGCAAUUUGUCAAGUAGAGCUAGAGUCUGGUCAAGGGAUAUCGAUACACGAGGGUUUGUCAAAGCCAGGAAAGGUGUGUCCCUGGGAUGGUCCGUUCCUUUGUCACAGUUGCCAGGAAAAGAAAGAAGCAAUGGAGGGAAAGCGGCCCUCACGCGAUUCCUCCUCAAGAAACAGUGGGUCAAGCGAGUAGUAACCGAGGGCAAGAGUCAUCUUGAAGCAACCAUCUAACGAUAUUCCGAAAGACCGAUGCAUAGCUGACACUUGGCAUUCUUGCAAUGGUUGAUCUGUUAGAUGUAUUAUCAUGGAGUUAGGAUGUAAGAUGAACAACUGGAUUGACAGGGAGGGAGGGACCUGUGUUGAAGAGCCAAAGCACAAGAUACUCGUCUUGUAAUGCUAUGGAGCAAAGGGAAUUGCCUGUUGGUACCAACAUGUUCAGUGGGCUUUCUCUCAGGCCAAAGGCAUGUUUAACUAAGAACGGCUGUUCUCUUCUAAGGUCAGCCAGCCAUCAUGUAAAUUAUCCAUCGUAUAGAAGUGUGACACAUAGCCGCGGCAUUGUAUUUGUCAAGUAGGAUUAGCUGUGAGAUCCUGAAUUUCAUUUUGGGCAGAUCUGAAUUAAGGUCACUCGGCCCGUUCCCUGUCAGAAUCAUGCCGUAUCUUCCAUGAUUCAAUACUGUAAUUAACACCUAAGGAUUAGCUGUGAGUAAACAGGACAUGUUCACCAUUUCUUUGUACCCCUGUUUUCCUUGUGAAUGACGUGACGGCUCA